AUGGAAAAGUUCUACCAAACAGAUUGCGAGACCCUUUGGUGUCAGAUUAAGCACAAAGAGAAGCAGAUUCAACUCAAACGGAGGUGGUUGUUGGGUAUUCCUCUCUCUGAAUCCGAGCAGAACAAGUUUGAACACUUUGGACGUGAUCUAUUGCCGGAAUCGUUGCUCAGGGAAGAUGAUAUGUUCUAUGAGACCGUAAAGUCUGCUGUUCAAGCAGCCUAUGGAGCAUGCAAUGUUGAGGGAGGGAAUCAUGUGUUUCAAGAUGAUAUUGUAAUGCUUGACAGAAAAAGUAUAUCCCAAGCCUUGUCUUCAUGUCUUGAUGAUUUGACUACUAAGGGGCUUCAUCUUAUAGCUACUACAAUCACACGAGGUUCGGUCAAGUUUGACAAAACUCGAUGGCAGAUGAAAAAGAUUAUCCGAGAAUCUCUGCAAAAGAAAUUUGAUGAUGAAUCGGGUGUUUUUAAAAAACUAUGUCAACAUCUUAGUGACCCAGAGAAUUUCCGAGAUAAGUUUGUUACAGUUUCUUCUUCCACAUCACAGUUUCAUCGUUGUGCUGUCAGAAAGGUACUGGAUGGACUUCAGGACUUACCUGAUGAAGCCUUAAUUGCAAUGUACAGAAAGCUUCAAGGAGGAGACCAACAUGUACCUCGGUUAGAGAUAAACAAAUGCAGAAGAAACAAUUUAAUUGCUAAAUUGCGGAAGACUUGUGAGAAGAUGCUUUCCAAAUCUGGUACAGGUGAUGAACUGCAGGGAUCACUAGCCAAAGCCAUGGCAGUAGCAGGCCUGUCACUGAAGUUGCAACCAGGUUUCCGCAAUUCCACUGUACCAGAAUUUCACCUAUUCUCACAAGAGGUAAAGAUACUGCAGGAUGAUAUUGCAAGUGCUAUUUGGCUGGUUAGUUCUAAAUCAAAGGUUAGCAUGCCAGAGCUCGAAUACUUGAAGAGUCUAUUAGACCGAGAUGCUAAAGUAUCAAAGAGGAGUUUACGAUAUGCAAUUAAGAAGAUGCUAACAGAAUAUCUUUUUUUGUGUGGUGAUAUGGAUACAAUUCCGGAGUCAUUAUCAGAAACUGUUGAUUUUAUCAACAAGAAGUCACAAAAGAAGAUGCAUAGACCCAUUUUAAUGGAUGAAAUUGAUGAAGAAGUGGAAUGUGUAUUGAAUGUGAGUGCUCAGACAAAACAGAUCGUAUGGGAUAUGUUUCCUCACCAUGAGUUAGAUCUAGACUUUGCUGACGCAUAUGUGGAGGAAAUGGAGGAUGAAGACGAUGAUGAGGAUGAUAGCGAUGAUGAUGACAACCAUAAUCAAGGUUUGCCACUGGAACAAAGUUCAUGUGAAAGUGACAGAUCUCACUCUGAUGACUCACAUUAUGACGAUGAAAGUAUUGGGGACUCACCCUUUACUUCUAACCUGCCUACUGCUGCAACUACCAAAAGUGAGUGUAAUCCUGCUGAUAACAGCAGUGUCUUUGUUGAGGAGCUUGAAACAUCGUUCUCCAAUCAACGAAUUUCUGGGGACCCCAAUGGUGAAAGAGGUUUUCAUGGGACUUCUACUGAGAGACAUGAACCUGAACAUAACACUGGAACAGAUACAGAAGAACAGUUUCAUCUUGAGCCAGAUGAUGUGCAUAAACAAACUACUUGUAACAAAUACCUUGCAAUUCAAAAAGUGUGUGAUGAGACAAGUAUGAUAGCUCAUGAUCUUGUUGGUCAUAUGUUGGAGGAGUUUGCACAGAUAGAAGGCUUGGAUUUGGGUUGGGAUGAAACUUUAUUUUUCAAUGGUGAUUAUGCAACUCAAGAAGAUUCUGAAGAAGGAAGGCAGAUAUCGUCCGAGGAGAACAAAGGCGGUUGUGUAAUUGUUAAUGCAAUUGAGGAAUUAAUACCUUCAUUCCCAAAGAGUGGAAUUGAAGCAUUAAGGAUCUUGUUGGGUAAAUAAUAGUAUCAGGCAACGUUCAAGCUUGUUACUGUGUUUCUCUUUCCUGUGAUUGGAACCAGGGUCUAACAAGAUGAGUGGGAUUACUAUAACGAUUA